AACAUUCGACACAGUUCAGUUCGGUGAAUCCUGAAGAAGUAAUCCUCAACCAUGAAGAUCGUCAUCUUGUUUGCCUUGUUUGCUAUCGCUGUUGCUCAGGACAGCUAUCCCACCAAGUACGACAACAUCGAUGUGGAUGAAAUUCUCAACUCGGAUCGUCUCUUCAAGAACUACUUCAACUGUCUGAUGGACGCCGGACCGUGCACUCCGGAAGGAAACGAGUUGAAGAAGUAUCUGCCGGAUGCCAUUGCAACGGGAUGUUCCAAGUGUAACGAGAAACAGCGAGAAAUCACGGCUAAAGUUGCCAAGUUCCUGAUCGAACAGCGCCCCAAUGAGUGGAAUUCUCUCCGUGGAAAGUACGAUCCUGAUAACACUUUCGCCGAGAAGUACAAGGACGAAGCAGCCAAGUUUGGAAUUAAGCUGUAAAUAGUUAAUACCCAAAGAUUGUCUGUUAUAUGUGAAACAGCUUUAAAAGAUUCAAAUCACAACACUCCAUAAUAUUUCCUUGGAAUACUGUCAGUGAAAACACUCAGUGCAAAAUUGUACAUAUUUUUUUUCGAACAUGUUCCAAAAUAAAUUCAAUGAACAGGAGAA